AUCUACCACAGAUACCGCGAGAAUGACUAGCGUCGCUGACGUUUACUCAACGCAUGAAAUAUUAUCGCAGCACAACAAAUUCGAUAUAUCCGGCAAUUUGGGGCAGUUUUCAAAAGAACCAGCUGCGCUUGAAUCAGACCAAUUAGCAAGAAACCUCGUCGCCAGUGUAGCAGAGAUUGUAGAGGCAUCAUCGGUCCAGCAAGGUCCCUCAACACUACUGCCUGAGACUUUCGCUGCACUCCCAUUUGCGCCACGGCCGCUGGGCCCAGGAAAUGCACAAGGCAAUACACUACCACAGUUACACGAAUUGGUCGAAAACGAACAAGGGAAAAGGAAACACAGAAGACUGGAUGAUGAAGAUGAGGAUCCUGGCCAGUCAUCAAAGACCCCUGCAAACACCAAAAAGAAAAGGAAGCCCCAGCCGAUGGCACCGGCCUCCAGAAAUCCAAAGGCAAGUCAUCGCCCUGGUCGGAAAUAUGAAAUGCAAUGGCGCCUUGGUCAGGCACCGACAGCCGGCAUUAGAGACACCAAAGAGCAGUCAAACUUUGAACGAGUGCUGGCGGCUAUCUCCAACUAUCACCAAGGUAAUGCAGGUGGGAUUUGGAAGACGGUCAUGCUUCAGAAUGCUGCCGAGUUCGAUGGAAAUGGCCUCUGUGAGGCUAUGGCAGUCUCCAUUAUGUUAGCCGCAGGGUUUAUCUCCGCUGGACAGUCCGAGAGUGCAAGCCAAGUUCUGAAUCGAACGUUGCCGCUUGCUAGAAUCAUGUUACUUAGCCAGCAUCCACAACUCUGCUUUUAUCUCACCGAGAUCAGCAUGGAUACUUCAAAUACUGUGGCUGGAAGACUUCGGUCAUCGUGGAAGAACUACCUAGCGCCACUUGCUGUCCACAUUCUCGGGGAGCGCCACCCCCUAUCUAUUCUCUUGAGGACGCCCUUGACGGUUGAACAGAAGACGAGAAUAAGAAAGGAGGGACAGAGAGUGGCGCAUGAGGAGCACGUCCGAGCGUUUGGUAUUUACUCAUAUCAGACCAUGCUGCACCUUUGGUACUGGGCUCGACUCACAGCUGCAUUAGGCGAUAUUCCUGAAAGUGUCCGGAUGCUUGAAAGUUUGGUCCAGGCUUGGGAAGAGGUCUACUCGGCCAAUUCAGCCGUGGCAAUUGCUGCCAUCGUCGAGCAGGCCAGAGUGAUGCUCGCGUCUGGAGACGCCGGUGUGAAGGUGGAAUGCCUUCUCGGUGACGCCCUACGGCGGAACGACGUGCUUACCUCGGGCCAGGCCUUACAGCCGCAGUAUAUGGACGCAGCCGAGUCAAGGCUACGGGAAAGUAGCCUCAUCUUCUCUCGGCUGGCGGCAUUUCGGUGCCUAGGACGCUUGCACGUCAUGAGAAGCAAUCUCGACAACGCAAUAUUCUGUUUGCAGCAAGCGCUGGACAUAGCCGAACUGAAUUUGGCGGAAGAAUCCUCCGUGAGAAAGAUGUGCAAGACUGAUCUGGCAGCCGUGAGAACGAUGCAACUGGAGCAAGCGAUGGGAGGUUUGGCAUUGGCAGACCCAACGAGCAGACUUCCUCACACCACGACCAUAAUUCCUUUUGCCCCAGUGGAAAUGACGGGGACGAAAAUACCAUGA